CUACAUGAAUAACCAUACCAUCUGAACUAAGGAGUUAACCGGUGAGGCCUGGAACUGUCUGGCAGUAAUUCUGCUUCUGUAGCUGCAGAACCACGUGUUCCAGGAAGCAGCAAGACUAGAGAGGGAUUAACAGGGACAGAAAAGGAGGAAACAGACCCAGCCUGACAUCCAGCCCUAGUCUUCCUGGAGGACCACAUUCAACCAUCCAGAUCCACUUGCUCUCAGGAAGAAAGCCAGGAUUUGAUACCAGGGUGCAGAAAAGGUAGACAGAAGAUGACCAAAAAGCCUUCACUGGUGGUGUUUGACCUAGAUUAUACCCUGUGGCCAUUUUGGGUUGACACCCACGUUGAUCCUCCAUUUCGGAAAAGCAGCGAUGGCUCAAUACAGGACCGGAAUGGGCAGCUUGUGAAUCUCUACCCCGAAGUGCUGGCUGUGCUGGAGCGGUUACACAGCCAAGGGACCCCUAUGGCUGCUGCUUCACGGACAGGUGAAAUCCGUGGGGCUACCCAGCUCUUAGAUCUCUUUGGCAUCAAUUGUUACUUCCACUACACACAGAUCUACCCAGGCAGUAAAGUGACCCAUUUCCAAAGGUUGUCUCAAGAGAGCGGGAUUCCCCUCUGCGAGAUGCUCUUCUUUGAUGACGAAAACCGCAACAUCUACGACGUCAGCAAAUUAGGAGUCACAUGCGUCCUUGUCCCCAGCGGCAUGAAUCUUUCCCUCCUCGACCGCGGCCUGGAAGCCUUUGCGAAUUCCUGAAUGUUGUCAGAAGCUUGGCGUCUCCUCUUCUUGUGUGCCAAGGUGUUUAGAUGCUACAAAUAAACCAUACGGGUGUUUUUCUCUGCA